CGUGAUGGUCUUUGGUAGCGAUAGCAACGAGAAAAAUGGCGAGGAGAGGCAAAAAGACAAGGGGAAAGAAGGCUGAAGAGACCCAGACUUUGAGUGAUACAGCAGCGUCGGGCGAGACUAGCGCAACCUCCCAGGCCGAAAAAGGACUAGACUAUCUCCAGACUAUAUUGUCACAGUUACUGGAGGACAAUUUAACACCUGAGGAGCUUGAGACAAAGAAGAACUUGGCCCUGAAUGAAAUGAUGAACAGUGGACUGGUGAUUAUGAUGCAACCUCGGACAUCUAUCAAGGUUCAGAAACGUAUCCCGACCUUGCCUAAGCAAAGGGACGAGGUGAAAGACUGCGAGAAGAAGCUCUCCGAAGAGCUGCUGAAAAAGGUGUUCGACAUGGUGGAGGUGAAAUUCCUGGACCUCAUCGCCCAGGGCAACGUGAGCAAAGACUACUGCUUGAUGAUCCAAAUGCCUCAAAGCAGUAGAAGGUCCGAAGUGAAAGGAGGAAGAGUACACAAACACCAGCAGCAGAAAUACCAAAUUCCCAAGAACCUGGAGGAGUGGACCAUGGACCAGUACACGCUGCUCCUCACCCGGCUCACGGGCCACGUGGUCGUCCUCAUGCUGGAAACGCUGACGGACUUGUGUGUGAAGGACGCCAGCAAUCAGGACAAGCUGGCCAAGGUGGGCUUGCCCAAGCCGGUCCGGGCCCACACCUACAACUUAGGGACGCUGGCUGCCCGCACGUUCAACCAAGCCAAGUUCAAGGAUUUCCUCAAGCCCGGCAAGAGGAGGAAGCCGUUCUGCUUGCCGGACAAAGAAAACCCCAUGGCAAUGGCAAUGACACCAGCACCCCAGGCAAUGACACCAGCACCCCAGGCAUCAGCACCAGCAUCAACACCAGCACCCACAACCAUAACCACAACCACACGAGCACCACGACCAGCUACUCCUGUACCAGUGUCAACAGCAGAUGCUAUACGCCGUCAGGCUCAAGUAGCAAAGUUCUCUGAACUCCCUCCCAAGGUGCAGGCACUCUGGGUCAGUCAUGCCCGAGAACAUGCCAUAGAUUUUGGGAUCACACCAUCAGCGGCAGCAGGACCAAAUGCUGCAGGACCUGGGCAGAGACCAAACCAGAAGCCUGCCCCACCCAAAUGUAAAUAUGAACCUAAGAUCAAGAGUGCUGUGGUGAAUGUGGUCCGUAGCUCCAUCGAAGAGCUGCUGAAGAUGGGAUUGCUGCCUACUAAGAGUAUGCUGGAGGAAAGGUAGCAAUGAAGAAAAUAAUACAGAUAUUACAAAUAGAGUCUCUCAUGGUAAAAUGAUGUGGAUUUUUAAAUAAUAAUAAAAAAUAAUUCCCUAUAAGGGUUUCAAUGUUUUUAUUUUUAUUUUGGAUAUUUGGCGCCAUCAUGUGGUGAAAAAUAUGAAUUAAGAUAUUGUAAUGUGGAAUGAAAUGGAAUCCAACCAGAUCUGAUAGAAAUGCAUAUAUGCUCACUAUUUACCAAACACUCACACACACACAUACAAAAUCUUUGGACAAAACUUAAUAAAGGAAGUUCAGAAGGUU